AAACGUUAGACUUUAGAAGUUUAGAGUAACAAACUAGUUCUAUCACGACUCAAAUGUGACUCAGACCGGCCCUCUUUGAUGGCUCCUUAAUUCCGGGGGAAUCGAAUUUCACCGGUGGAGUUUUCUUUUUUACUUUCAACAGUCUGUUGAGCCUAUUUUAUUCAGAGUCGCGCAGAGACGACAUCCGACUUAUUUCUUAAAUGUAGGCAGAUAUGGAUACCGCAAAUCACAGCCCGCUAAGCUUCGAAAUAUAUGACUUACCGCAGCAACCUCCCCAGUUUUUAUUGUUUUUACAUGUUACAUCAUUGAUGAGCCUUAACAUUUAAGUCAAUUCCAAUUUCUAACUGAAGAAACACGAACGUUCUAAUAUAUGUUCUUAAAUUAAAAAAAAAAAAAUUAAAAAUAUAAAAAAAUCGCCCUUUCACCAAUGGCUCAAGCUCAAAUCAGAUGUGGGGAUCAAGAUUGGAGUCAAACGUUACCCCUAAAGAAAUUCUAUUGAAAUUAUCAAAACAUGCUAUCAUUAAAGCAAUAACAUUUGGAAAAACUGGAAAAAGUCACCUCUGUAGCCUACGUCGGUUUAAAAUAUACGGUGGCCUUACAGUCUGUAAUAUGAUAGAAUUAGUUGAAGGUUCGUUGAACAGCGAGGAUAAGGAAGAGGCUUUCAUGUUAAAACAUGCCCUUGGAGGAAAUCCUUUCGCCUGUCGUUAUAUAAAAAUUAUUCCUCUGCAGUGUUGGGGAACAUCUCCAACCCUUUAUUAUUCAAUUUGUUCAUUUGAAUUGACAGGUGUUGAUCAAUGGGACAUUGUAAAACAUGCUAUGGAUUGUGUGAGAAAGUAUACUGAUGAACAAUCCAUUAAAUUAUGUAUGAAAUAUCUCCGAAGCAUGAAUUUCAAAGAAACAUUUCGGUGUUUGGAACAAGAAUCUAAAAUGAAAAUUGAACAUCCAUCUCUUGAAAUGUUGUUCCAUUUAGUGAAUGAGGGGUUGUAUGAUGAAGUAGAAGAUUUUAUCACCCGAGCCUCGAACAAUGGUUUGUUCAACAAUCACUUAUCAACUCUUGUAUUUUAUCCUUCGUGGGUCAACAUGGAAUUGACAAAACCAAGACCUGGUAUGCGAGGGGGGCAUCAGAUGUGUGUCGAUAUUAAAAGUGGUCACAUAUAUUUACAUGGGGGAUGGGAUGGAUACCAGGAUAUUAAUGAUCUAUGGAUCUUUGAUAUUGCCAAUAAAAAGUGGAACAUGGUAUCGUACGAUACUCGUGUUGAGGGAGGCCCUGGCCCUAGAUCUUGUCACAAAAUGUGUUUGGAUUAUGAAAGAAGAGAAAUAUAUGUUUUAGGCAGGUAUCUGGAUCUGCAGAGUCGCAACACAGAGAAUUUGAAGGCUGACUUUUAUGUUUACCAUAUAGAUAAGAAUCGUUGGCGUUUGAUAAGUAGUGAUACUCAGGCUGAAGGUGGUCCACAGUUGAUUUAUGACCAUCAAAUGUGUAUAGAUAUUCAUAAGAGAUUUCUUUACAUUUUUGGUGGCCGUAUAUUGACAUCAGACAUGGAACAAGAAUCUUCUGUGCACGAUAGAAAUAAUUCAACCAAGAUUGAAACAGGAAAUGAUAAUGUACUGUACUCAGGGAUGUAUUGCUAUGAUAUUACUAAUAAUGUUUGGACUCAUUUAUGUAAAGAUGUUGCAUCUCAAGAUCCCUCUCCAAUUCCUGUGAUUAAAUCUAGAAUUGGUCAUUCAAUGCUUUUUCAUCCGGUUACAGACAAACUAUACAUUUUUGCAGGACAUAGAAAUAAAACGUAUCUAAAUGAUUUCUUUUCCUACAAUAUUGUCACAAAGAAAUUUGAGUAUAUCAGUGAUGGCUGCCACAAGUUCUGUAAUAAUUUUCCUGCAUCAGGUUUUACUCAGCGAGCUACAAUUGAUCCUAAUUUAAAUGAAAUUUAUGUUUUGACGGGUUUCAGUAAGGAGAGAUUGGACAAUAGUCUGCAAAACACUUUUUGGUCGUAUUCAAUUAACAAAGAUGAGUGGACUUGCUUGUAUACCAGCCUUAAAGUAGCUACAGCUUAUUGGCACCGUGAACAAUAUAUUGAACCUUGUCCCAGGUUCGCACAUCAACUUGUGUAUGAUUCAGUUAACAAGCUACAUUUUUUGUUUGGUGGUAAUCCGGGAAUUUUACGUCUGCCUAGAAUAAGGCUUGAUGAUCUAUGGAGACUAUCAUUUAACCGUCCAACAAAUGAAGAAAUUUUGGCUCAGUUAAAACUUAUUAUAAGAAAGACAAAAUUUCAAGAGUUAAUACAUGUAGACAAAGUUCAAGCAAUAAUUUUCCUUCAGAAUGAAGUCUCAGUUUUGAUAAAACAAGAAAACGAAGUUGAAAUAGAAAAGCUCCCCAAAUUGAUUGAGUCUGUUUUCCAUGACUGCAAAUUUGAUAAUGAAAAUGACUGCAUUCACGAAAUAAGAAUAAAUCUAUUUGAAACAUUAUCAAGCUAUUUCCCAGAAGAAAUGGCUCAGCCAAGAAGGAAUAUAGGCGAUGGCUUAGUAAUGUAAAAUAUCUGUGAAAGGACAGUAAAACACAUUUUAUUUUUUUUGAUAUAUAUAUAUAAAUUUUAUUUAUCGUAGAAUAUGAGUUAUCAAUGUCAAUCAUAAUUAUAAUCAUUUUUAUUGUGUUCUACGUUUGUGUCUUUUGUAAAUAUAAUAGCAACAGGAAUAAAUGUUAGUAAUUAAUUAUUGUUUCAAAUUUGUGAAAACCUGCAAUGUUAAGUUCAAUUUUUCUAUAUUAUGGGUGUAUUUUGAAACCAGAUAUGAGAUUUUGUAUAUAAGUAUGUUUGUAUAUACUAAUUUACUAUUGAAAUAAUACUUCAUUAAAUUAUUAUUAUCAAUUUAAAUAAUAAUAACUUUAAAGAACUGAAUACUUUGUUGAAGAUUCAGUUACAAUUAUGACUUAAAUAAUUGAUUAUACAUUUUUACUAUAAAGCUUAAUGUGGAAUAACCCAAAUUGUGUUCAAAACUACAUCUGUAAUUACUACAAUUUUAGAAUUUAAUUAAUGAGAGAUAAUUUGUGGCUGUGAGUAUUAUAAUUAUUACCAAUAAACAAAUUUAAAGUAA